AUGUCCACGAUACUGGCAUUGGCAGGCCGACAACCCUUUUCACUCCGCUGCGCUGCACGGCGGGGAGGCGUGGAGGGCGCUCCCGCACCCGUCCCGGCACCGAGCACCUUGCCCAGGUCCUUGCGCACCCGCGCGACGAGCUCCCUGGCCCUUCGCUCGAAUCACUUUCCCGGCCGGGGCUCUCCCCUCCGCGGCCGCAGACGCUCGCUCCGCACGCUCCCCUCCCCGCGUCAUCUCCAUCUCCUGCGCUCCCGGGAGCUCGUUCCCCGGCCCCCCGCCUCCCCUGCGGAAGGUCCGACACCCCGGGUCCUCGCUGGGCACAGGGGACACGCGGGGAGGGUUCGUGGCUGGGAAGUAACCGACCAACGAGGGACACACAAACCGGAGUCCACGGACGCCUGCGGCUCACGCGCACCCAGACCCGGGCGCCGGCGGGCAGCACCGACGUCCGACAGACGAGGGGACGGCGAGGGCCGCGGCCGCGGGGCGGCGGCGGGGCCACUUCUGGGGCGUGACCGGGAAAGAGAAGAAAACGCGCUCGAAGCGAAGCUGGCGUGCGGCCACCGGGAGCGGGGUGCGGGCGUCCUCGGCGGCGCAAACCGGAGACCCCUCUGCCGGGAACACGCCCUCCGCCCCCGACCGGUCCCCUCCGAAGGCGCCGGCUCGCUCCCAGCGCCGCCCCCUCACCCACCUUCCACCACAAGCCCGCGUCUGCGGGGGCCGCGCUCCGCCCGCGUUCGGGGACAACCGGGAGCUAGUCCGCCUGGGGUCCGCAGGGGACGACCGGGCGCCUGUCCGAGGCCACCGGGGCAGCUAGAAGCGAAGCCGGUCUGUGAUGCCACACUCCGUCCCCUCCGUUGGGCCGCGACCCGCAGACGGCGUCCAGCAGGCCGAGGCGGCCGCAGGGCCCGAAGCUCCAGACCCGGGGCCUCGGCAACCGGACGCCCCGGACGGCGCGGCCUCCCAGCGACCGGGUCCGCGGGCCUCGGCGCUGCUACGCCGUCAGGACGGCCUCCGGCCCAGCCGACCUCCCUCCGGGCCGGGACCUCGGAAACCAGGAGUCCCGGCACCGAGAGGGUCAGGGUUACGGUUUCCCACGCGGCCUCGCUCCCCGCGGGUCGGCGACCCGGCGACCGCUGCUGGCGCGGCGGCGGCUGUGCGGGGUCUCGGCGGCGUACGGCUCCCGAGCACGCGGCGGCGUCGUCUAGGGCCGGCGGGCGUCGCGGCAGGCGGGCACGGGGACGGAGCGCCCGCUCCUCCGCCAGCCCCGACCGCCUGCCUCGACACCGCCCCCGCGCCCGACUGGGCACCACGGGCACCGCCUCUGCCUCGCUCCGCCCAGCGCGGGCCCAGAGCGGCGCCGCGACGACUUCCUCCUUCCGCAGGCCGGGACCGGAAGUGACGUCGUGCGUGCGUGACGGGCGCUCGCGGCGCCGGGGGCGGGGCGCGAGGGAGGGAGGGCCGGCCGGAGGGCGGGUCGCGGACUGGCGGAGCGGGGACCCCUCGAGCGAGGCGCGGAGGGCGGCGGUCCCGACGCCGUGGAGCCGCAGCGCAGGUAUGGGGCGCUGGGACGCCGGCGGGGGCUGCGCGGCUGUCGGCUGCGGGCGGCGCGGCGCGGCGGGGCGGGGGCGCCGUCUGGGCGGGGGCUGCUGGGUCAUCCGCCCGUGCCGCCUCCCCGGCCGGGGCCGUUUCGCUCCGGCGCGUCCAGCCGCCGUCGGGCCAGCCCUGGGCGCCGCGGCGCGGCCCUCACCGGCCGUCUCAAGCCUGUGGUGCCCAGCCGGGCGUUCCGGGCGCUCGCGCCGCCUGCUGCGGGCCCGGCCGCGCCCCGACGUACACGCGUCUGCCGUUCUCGGCGCCCGCCCCGCGCGACGGCGCGUUCUCUCUCUCCAGCGCGGAGGCUGCGGGGACCCUGCGGGCUCGGGCCCGGGGCCGCUCGGGGGCCCAGCCGCGUGGCCGGCGCAGACCGGGUCGCAGCCCCGCCGGGCCGGGACGCCGGGGCUUCCGACCGCGCGUGGGUGCUGGGGGCGGAGAGGUCCGGGGGCGGGGGGGGCGUGCGGGCUUUCCCGGUGCCGGGCCUCGAACUCCUGUCCGGACCUCGCCGGCGGCCGGGGGCGGGGGGCCUGGGGCGGGCGGGGAAGCCCCUGCUAG